AAUUAAUAUUGACUGGCAACAUUGUUUAAACUAAUUUUUAUAUUCUACAAACGGGAUAAUUUUUUUUUGAGAAGUGAAUUGUUAUUGUUACUGUACUAAUGACUUAGUGCGCGGUACAAAUAUACAGAAUUAUUUAUUGUAAAGAAUUAAUUAUGUCUUGGUUACCUUAUCGUUUGUUACAAAUCACUGAUGUCGCUACUAUAUUAUUCAUCAGUAGUGUAAAAGUAUAAGUUAUAUUUAAUCAUUAAAAAUAAACUGUUGAAAAACUGAACAAUAUAAUAAAAUAUAACAGUAUUAAUUACAAACAAUGUGUCCAUCACAUUCAUGAAAAAUGUCUGAUGACCAUAUAUCGGAUAAUGUUCCAUUGUUAUAUAUUGAAAAAAAACAAAUCUACAACGAUUUUAAUAUUAAAUUUAAUUUGAAAAACACUAAAAAAAUAGCAUUAUGUUGUGUGUUUUGGUUCAUUGUUAUACAUUCAUGUAUACAUUUAUUUUAUUCCAGGGAUUCAUGCAAAUGGCUUUUAUCAGAUGGUCGAUACAAAGGUGACAUGGGAUGGCAGCCAUAUGGCUGCAUGAUGCAUAAGUACAGUGAAUUAGAUUGUAGUCGUUGUCUUCAGUACUUAGCAUUUAGAGGCUACAAAAAUCAAUUUGUAUUCAUUGGUGAUUCUAGGAUGUUAGAAAUGUAUAAUGCGUUCAUACAUACUAUUGAACCAAAUGCUCAAUUAGUUCCAAAUCCUAAGUCUCUAUAUGCCCUUGAAUCUGAUUAUAAUUUUCAUGAUAGCCGUUUAAAGUUAGAUGUCAGUUUUAUUUGGAGUCCUUAUGUUAUUGAUUCCAUGAUUAAAUUAAAAAGCAUUAACAAUGACCCAAGAGUUAUUGUAGCAGGUGGUGCAAUUUGGUCUAUUAUUAAUUCAAAUGGAUCAAUUAAUUCAGUGAAAGAUUAUGCUGCUAACUUAACUCAAUUAAUUAAUCCAUUCAACGAAAUAUCAUCUAAAUCUACUAUAUUAUGGGUAUUGCAAGAACCUGUUGAAGAAAGUAAAUUAGAUAAUUCAUUAAAAAUUGUUACAAACAAAUUAAUUGAUUUAUAUAAUGAAGUAGCAAUGGACGUUUUAAGUCAAAGUAUUGCUGAAAUGUGGUGGAGUUCAAGGCUAGUCUCGCAGGGUGGAAUAAAUGAUAGUCCAGAUGGUUUACACUCCAGCAAUGAAUCUCUCAGGCUAAGAGCUCAAAUAUUAUUAAACUUUUAUUGUAAUGAUCAUAUGAAUUUCAACGAUGGUACAUGUUGUUCAAGUACUGAACCUCUUACUACUUUACAGGCCUAUGUUUUCUUAGCAUUUAUUGUUUGUAUGUUCAUAGGGAUUUUAAUGGAGAUAAGAUACUGUCGAUAUAGACUUUCAAAAAAUGAUGUAUCUUAUGUUUUAAUGACAUCUUUAUCCAAAUUAGGUAUUAUCAUGAUGUACUUCUACCUAUGUGACAGAACAAACUUUUUUAUGAAAGAAAACAAAUAUUAUUCAGAUGCUAGUUUUUGGUUACCUGUUGGAUAUGUGUUUGUAUUAGGCUUAUUUUUUACUGAAGAAAGCAGGUAUACAAAAUUACUUCAUCGAGAUCAAACUGAUGAGUGGAAAGGGUGGAUGCAGUUAGUUAUAUUAAUAUAUCACUUAACUGGAGCUAAUAUAAAAAUUUCUAUUUCAAAUCAUGUCCAAACUUUAAUUGCAGCAUAUCUAUUUCUAACUGGGUUUGGACACUUUUGUUAUAUUUGGCAUAAAAAUGAUGUUGGUUUAACUCGCUAUUUUCAAGUCUUAUUUAGAUUAAAUAUGUUGACUAUAGUACUGUGUAUUUGUAUGAAUCGACCAUAUCAGUUUUAUUUUUAUAUACCUUUAGUGUCAUUUUGGUUUACUAUUCUUUAUUUAUUACUAUUAUGUCCACCUCGUGUAACUGCAGCUUCAUCAGAAACUAGACCUACACAAUAUUUAUACAUAAUUUUUAAAAUAUUGGUUCUCCUCAUUUUCAUUAUAAUUUUAUACAUGUCAGAAGUGUUUUUUGAUAAAAUAUUUCUCAUGCGACCUUGGAAAGCAUUAUUUGUUACAACUGAUGAUGACAUACAUGAAUGGUGGAUUCGUUGGCAACUUAAUCGCUUUAGUAUUAUGUAUGGAAUCAUAAUAAGUUUUAUUAUAAUCUUAAUUCAACGAUACAAUUUUAUUGAUGAUAACAAUCAUAGUAAUUUAGUAUCUCCUCGUUUAGCUGUAUUUUCUUCUAUACUAGCUCUUAUUGGACUAACAGCAUCAACAGCUUAUAAUAUUUUAUGUCAAAAUCAAACAGAAUGCUCAGAAUUUUUGUCUUAUACAUCAAUUAUUCCCAUACUAAGCUACAUUAUUAUUAGGAAUAUGUCAGGAAUCCUAAGAACAAAAUUUUCUAGUUUAUUUGCGUGGUUUGGCAGAAUAUCUCUUGAGUUAAUGGUUUGCCAGUGUCAUAUUUGGUUAGCAGCUGAUACCCAUGGUGUAUUGGUAUUAUUACCAGGCUACCCAGUUCUUAAUGGUCUUAUAGUAUCCUUUAUUUUUAUUUGUAUUUGUCAUGAGUUACAUGAGAUUACCACAAAAUUAACACCUUUGGCUGUUCCUACUGAACAUAAGGACUUGUUCCGCAAUCUAAUUUGUUUUAUUUUACUGUUAAUACCUCUAGGAGCAAGUGAUGGUAUGUUUUAAUUCAAUUUUUGAGCUAUACAUAUCACAUAAUUUUGAAUAUGUGAUUAUUGUAUGACUAUGCUUUAACAAAAUGUGAUUUAGAUACUUAUAUUUAUUUAUUUUAGUAUAUAUUUUG